CAUAUCUCUUCCACCGUCUGUCUGUCUCCUCAUUUCGAUUCAUCCAUCUCUAUCUGUCUUAUUCCCUGCUCUGUCAGCUACUCACUGUAUUGACAUCCGUCGACGAAGACGUCUGGCGCAAACAAUGAGAUCUGCGUCUUGCGGAUCGCAUCAUCCCUGGGUCUCGAGCGUUUACAGCGGCGUAGCUGAUUAGGUUGCGAUCAUCAAUCAUCUGACAUCUGACAUCUUCGAUACAAUCACAUUCAUCUGAACAAACCAGUCACAGCAGACUGAACCGAUAAACUACGCUCCACUCCACCAUGUCGAGGGUCUCGUCACCAAGGGGAUCAUUCGAAUCCGACAAUGAGGCGUCCCGACCCAACAAACGCAUCUCGUACGCCGACGAAACACCGCGCAGAAAGUCAAUCCAGUUCAGUUUUGGAGGAGGAUUUGAGAAUCGCCAGCAUCGUCGGUCGUCGAGUGAUAAGGGGCCGGGCGAGAAGAGUUUGAAGCGAUCGCAUAUUGAGUUCCAGGAUAGGGAGAGAGAGAAGGAGAGGGAGAGGGAGCAGAAGCAGAAUGUUAUUCCGCCUAGUGCUAGUCGUGGGCCUUCGCCUCCGCCGCCGAAUACAUAUGAACGAGGUGUUUCGUUUGACACGUUCGAUAACCCCGAUGCGGCGGAUUUCUCGUUGACGUUGAAUUACAAGCACAAAGGUUAUCAGUGCACUCGACGGAGUAGGACCUUUCUCUGCGGGACGGAUCAGAACGAAUACUCCGACUUUGCACUCGAGUGGCUUAUUGAUGAGCUUGUGGACGAUGGGGAUGAGAUUGUUUGUCUUCGAGCCGUGGAGAACGCAAGUGAUGCGGGCAUCGAGCCUGGCAGGUACCGAAAGGAAGCGGAGAAAUUGUUCGAACAAGUGAUUCAGAAAAACAGUCAGGAUGAAAAAGCCAUCAGUCUGGUCUUGGAAUUGGCUGUCGGGAAAGUGCAGGAUAUCAUCCAACGCAUGAUUCGAAUCUAUGAACCUGCCGUCCUUAUCGUUGGUACACGUGGUCGAAACCUCAGUGGCAUGCAGAGUCUGCUGCCUGGCUCGGUAUCCAAGUACUGUUUACAGCAAUCCCCGAUCCCUGUCAUCGUAGUCCGUCCGUCAACCAAGCGCGAGAAGAAGAAAAAGAAGCGAUUGGCCGAUCCUUCCCGUCGCAGCUAUAACCAUAUCCUGGAAUUGAGCGAGCGUCGAGGCAGCCAUAUUUUCGAUCCCAGCUCGAGCACCGAUAGUAGCGUGGCUAGGCUUCCGGACGAGGAGGCAGCAGUUGCUAAGGCUCUUGGGUUGCCGGCAUCUUAUGCGAAUUCGCGGGGUUCACUUUCCUCUGGCAGGAGCAGCGUGGAUGACCUGAUCUCUCCUAUGCUUGAGAUGACUAUGAAGAGCUCUAGCGGUGAGAGCUUGGAGUGCUCGGGGCAUGACAAGUUUGAAGACGCGCGGCAGUCACAAAAAUCGGAAGAUGACGAGACCGCACCAGUUGAUGGUGAUUCGAUUUCUGCCUUCACCGAACGAGGUGGUGCCCUGUCCCCUACGACUACGGAUGUUGAUUCUGGAUCGGUGUCAGAGACGGCCCACAAGCCAAGCAAUAUCCCGGUGAUUAUAACUGAUGGCACUUCUAAGGAUGGUUCUGAAACGAAGUGAUGAAUGAGGCGGUGCUUUCUGUUGCCCAGAACAUGAUAGGCGUUUUCUUUCUCAAUGGCGUUUUCGAAGUCGUUCGGUUUCUCCCUUUGUAAAGGCGUAUAUGCUGCUGAAGACGCUGUGCAGCCGGCAUGGUGUUGGAAGGUGUGUAGCAUGGCAUAUUAUUUUUGUGUUAAAGUUAGUGGCCACGGCCUAUGAGCAUAUGAGCAUAUUCCGAUACUCCAAUGAUUCUGAGGAGAAUGAAAUAGGACUGCACUGACGUACUGCGU